GGUCAAGAUGGAGGAGGGGACGGUAAACACAGCAGAGCCGAACCACAUCAGACUCCUGAAAAAGGAACGAGGGAGGGGAAAGACGAGACGCAUAAGGGCAGAGGAAAAAUCCCUCACCAACUGCCUUCAGUGAGCAACAGAAAUGCAAAACAGGAGUUACACAAGUUACAGAAGGCAGGCUGAGAGAGACCGUGAAGAUUCAAGGGGACUGCAGACCAUUCACAUGCUCUUUUCUUCCUUGUCAAGGCUCAGAACUGAAAACGGGAUCAUCUCAUCAUAGAAACAUAUGCUGUCUGCCGUCAGGAUUUUCAUCAUCAAAUCUGUGGAAAUACCCGAAAGGGCGUUUAAUCGGGGUUUACAGUGAGGCUGUCCAAAGGAAAGGAAGACCUGCCAAACAAGCAGGCUGGGCUUACAUGAACUGAGACAUCUGCAUGGGCAGGGAACUGUUCUUCAUCAUAAACAAACUACAGGGAGCUACAUGGACGUUGGGUUUUGUUUUGCUGGUCGGUAAUGUGCACACCCUUUGGACCGGUGCUUUGCCGUGUGUUAUGUUGAUGACACACUCUUUCCUCAAACCUCAAGGGUUGGGCUGGAUCAGCAUGGGAGGUUAAAAAGGCAAAUAGCAUCAUGGGAGCCAAGCAAAUGAAAUGUCUCAGUUCAUCUAGUCCAACACACUCACCCAAGGAGGAGUAUAUAGGAGUAUAUGCCAAAUCUGAAGAGUCGGAACUAGUGGGGAACCACACAGAGCAACCACAAAGCCUCUCAGAGGAUGCAGUGAAAUCCUCAGCCACGGAGCCGUCACCCGUCCCAGAGCAUGCUGGGAAAGAUGAGAGCAGCACAUGGGAGGAACAGCUAUGUGCCCAGCAAGAACAGCUGGAGAAGGACAUGCAGGACACCAGGAAAAUGGUGACAAGGCUUCAGGCCCUGUUGCUGCAUGGCUCACUACCUGAAGAUGAACAAACAUCUACUUUGAGUUUUGGGGACUGUGGAGCCAAUUCAGAGCAGCAGCUGAUUUUAGUCCGCAGUCGCCUGGACCAGAGCAUGGAGGAGUCUUUAGAUCUGAAGAGAGAACUUUUAAGGUACAAGCAGGAGGCACGUAAUCUUCAGGCUGUUAAGGAUGCUUUGCAGCAGAGAAUGUCUGCGCAGGAGGAUACAGUUCUGCAGCUGAAACAGGAGCUGCUCAGAUCCAGUAUGUCCAGAGAGGAUCUGGAGGGACAGAAUGCGGAACUAGAAAGGAAGUUGUCUGAACGGAACAGAUUGCUGAGUGAAUACAAAAAGGAACUUGGGCAGAAAGACAGACUUCUGCAGCAGCAGCAAAUAAAAUUGGAUGAUGCUCUGCGCAGGAUCAAUGACACCAGCUAUCACAGGUUGUCAGGUUGUGAAAAUAAUGGCUACAGUCAUAUAAUGUUUACGUCCUCCACACCUUUCCAACACAGAAUUGCAGAUGAGCUGCAGUUAGUGCGAGAUGCUCUGCGCAGUCUGAGGGACAGUUUCAGUGGUCAUGAUCCACAGCACCACACACUGGACACACUGGAACAGGGUGUGGCCAGUAUAGUGGACCGCCUCCAUACCACAGAGUCCAAAAAAAGGCAGGAGAGAAAGUGGUCAACAAGAUCACCUGGACGCAAAGCCAAUCACACAGACCGAGAAUCAUGGCCAUCAAGCUCUAAGAUGGCCCAUUCUCACAGUAGUCCUGUUCUCAGUGCAGCAGCCUCAACCAAAGUACUCUACUACACCGAUCGAUCUCUCACACCCUUCCUAGUCAACAUCCCUAAGAGGCUGGGGGAGGUCACGUUAAAUGACUUUAAACUGGCUGUGGACAGGCAUGGCAAUUUCAGAUAUCACUUCAAAUCUCUGGAUCCAGAGUUUGGAACCGUUAAAGAGGAGGUGUUUUUAGAUGAUGCUGUGAUACCUGGAUGGGAAGGGAAGAUUGUUGCAUGGGUGGAGGAGGAUCAUGGAGAGAGCAGAUAGACACAAUCACUGCAUUCAGAAUGUAUUCUUGGCUCCACAUACUGUAUACCUCAUUCCAAGCAUUUGUUCUUUCCUAACUGUGAAACUCACCGUAUCAGUUCACUACAACUUUACAGCAAGCAAAGGCUUGUAUAAUAGCGUUUGUGUACACAUUUUAAAGAAUGAAAGACCAUUUUAAUAUUAUAAAAAACUGUUUACAACUAAAUAUUGUUAAGAAUGUUUAUAAGUGUACUGAGGUUAUAAUAUAUUUUGUUUUCCAGAAACUAGUGUUUAAAUGCCAUUGUAAGAAGUGACCAAAACAGAGUAUUCAUCUUGUGCAGUGACAAAACUUGUUACAUUAGUUGCCAAACUGUGACAAACACAUCACACGUUGUGUGCAUGUAUUGUCGUGCUCAAAUGCCACAGGAAUGCUAUUUUAAGAGAAUGUAAUUUUUGAAAAUGAGAGGUAGUGAAAGCAGUGACCACUCUAUUUGUAUACAUUUGUAAAAAAGAUACCUUUUCGAGAAUGAUUGAUUGUACUUGUCCUAUCAAGUCUGCAUGUGUGUUCAGUGUUUGGUAUCUGUGUUGUAAACACAUGCAGCUGAUUCGUCCACCUUUUAUUAAAAGCAUUCUGUGUACAAGUCUUUUAUUAAGCAA